AUGAAUUUUCUACUUUACUCGUUCACGUUUUGCGGCUUGGUCGACUGCUUCAUAAUCGAAGAUCUCGAGACGUUCAUCGAGAAAUUCUCGCUGUUCUUAUCGGUGCUCGGCGUCAGCUGCAAGGUGACGAAUCUGACGCUACGUCGGGACGAGAUUAUCGAUCUCACCGAUAUGCUGCUGAAGGACAUCUGCGUACCCAGGGAUGAUCGCGAAAUGGAUAUCCAGCGACGCUUCGAUCGCAGUGCGAAGAUAAUCACCAUAUGUUGCGAGAUACUCAACGAGUCGGCCGUCUUCUUCGCCACGGUCGCGCAAUUCCAGUUCUUCAUCAACACUCGGACCUUACCUCUGUCCAACUGGGUGCCCUACGACAUCUCAUCAACGGCCGCUUUCUGGGCGACUAUGUUGCACCAGACCAUCGGGUUGAUGGUCUGUGCGAACGCCAGCGUCGCCCACGAGACACUCAUCUCCGGUUUCAUGAUCCAGACUUGCGCCCAACUGGAUAUACUCUGCCAUCGCGCUCGCACGUUGCCGGAUUCGCUGCGGGAGGCCCGGAAAUACAGUACCUCGGAGAACGAUCUCAAAGCGCGAGAGCAGCGACUGAUCCGCGAACUCGUUCAUCAUCAUCGCUUCGUGUACAGAUUCGCGGAACGCAUCAAUGCGGUGUUCACCAUAAUGAUUUUCGUGCAAUUCACCAUAAGCUCGACGGUGCUUUGUCUCAGCAUCUACAAAAUGUUGACGAAGAACUUGCUGAGCCUCGAGUUCGCGUGGAGCUCGUCGUACCUCGGUUGCAUGCUUAUGCAGAUUUAUUUGUACUGCUGGUUCGGUAACGAAGUGACACUAAAGAGCACUGAAAUCGGGAGCGCUGUUUACGAGAUGGAUUGGCCGAUGCUUCCUGCUGAUUUAAUGAAAACCCUUUUGAUGAUAAUUACGCGAGCUAAGAGACCAAUCAAGAUAACUAGCGGACACAUAGUUACUUUGUCCAACGAAUCGUUUGUGAAGGUCCGUAAGAUAAUAUCACGGUAAUAUUAUAGCAAUUGUAAAAACAUUUUAAAUAAAUCCAGCAGUUUUAAUUCUCAUUUUUUCAGAUUAUCAAAAUAUCU